AGUCACAUGAAUCUCUGUCCCAUCAUGGCCAGGCUGUUAUUGCUGCUCUUUUCCCUUAUCUCCUGGGUCAGUGGGGGGCUCUACUUCCAGCAGGGGCAGCACUGUUACAAGCCCCCACUCAAAAGGCACCCAGGAAUCAGGAACUACCAGCGGCCGCACGAAUACAUCUCGGUGUCGGACCUGCCAAAAGCCUGGGACUGGCGCAAUGUGAAUGGAACAAACUAUGUCAGCACCACCCGCAACCAGCACAUCCCCCAGUAUUGUGGCUCCUGCUGGGCUCAUGGGAGCACUAGUGCCAUGGCAGACAGGAUUAAUAUCAAGCGCAAUGGGGUGUGGCCCUCGGCUUACCUAUCUGUUCAGCACGUCAUUGAUUGUGCCAAUGCAGGGUCCUGCGAGGGAGGAGACCACGGAGGUGUCUGGGAGUAUGCAAACAGUCACGGGAUUCCUGACGAGACCUGCAACAACUACCAAGCCAAAGACCAAAAAUGCGACACGUUUAACCAGUGCGGCACGUGUGUGACCUUCGGGAAGUGCUUCAACAUCUCCAAUUACACUCUGUGGAAGGUGGGAGACUUUGGGUCAGUCAGCGGGAGAGAAAAGAUGAUGGCGGAAAUCUACAAAAAUGGACCAAUCAGCUGUGGGAUAAUGGCCACAGAGAAACUAGAUGCCUACACAGGGGGUCUCUAUGCGGAGUUUCAGCCUAGAGCAAUGAUCAAUCACAUUGUCUCCGUGGCUGGAUGGGGAUUGGAUGAGAACGGAGUGGAAUACUGGAUUGUGCGAAAUUCGUGGGGGGAGCCCUGGGGAGAGAGGGGCUGGCUGCGCAUAGUCACCAGUGCGUACAAGGGAGGCAAGGGGGCCGACUACAACCUGGCUAUUGAAGAGGACUGUGCAUACGGUGACCCCAUUCUCCCAUAAUGAAGGAGCAAGAAGCUUCCAGCCACUGUCAGAACAACUCCCCGCAGCCACCUAUGCCUUGGAUUCUUUAUGAGUUAUGUCCUCUUAUCGAGGGCUUCGCUUUAGGACAAAUGCAGUGUCUGGGUUUUACUGCAGAAUUUUUUAGCAGAGUAAAAUGUUACUGACUCAGGGGUUAUAGGGGCCUGAGGGCAUCUCCAGGUACAUGGGGAUAACUGUGGGUGCAGGACCAGUGUUUAUUGGCUAAACAGACACUUUUUCUUGGCCCAGACUAGAGUCUGACUUGAUUAUUAGCACUGGCUGCAUGGGACAGGGCAAAUUCACAUGUUUCUGAUCACUUAAUUGCACUGAUUUACUGAAUCUUUUUUUUAUUGUGAUUAUAGUUGAUUUUAUUUCCUGACGCUGCUUGGAUUAGGGGCAUUGGGGGCCACAGAAUAAUGCAAACUCCAUUUGCCUCAGUUACUAUGCAACAACCCGCCAUAUUUUUGCAUUUGCAUGCUCCCUUUCAUGUUGCCUCUAUUUGCAACCAAGCGACCCAUAUGCUUUGCAUACAAAGAAAAUCCCUGAAUGGAAAGCGUUUUUUAGGAGGUUUGUCCCCCACGGUAGGCGCAGAUUUAACAGCGGGUGACAAACCUCCCCGUCUGCCACAGCCCUUAAACUCAGCGACCUCAGAAGAAUGGAAAGUGCCACAUCUGCUGAACGAUUCCACUUUUCUAAAACUGAAAGUACAACUGAGACCACAGUUGAGACUGCUGGGAAGUUUAUUUUCUUAAUUAUCAAUUGCGACCAGCAUAGCCAGCAAUAGAAGGGUUAAUGUUGGAUGAGCGGCUCGCUGAGCAAGGAUUUAACUGCUGCCAAUGAAUAAUCCUAUAGAUUUAGCAUUUGUUCAGGGAUGAAAGGGAAACUUAAAUGCACCGCAAGUGAUUUUGUGUUUUCCUAAAUAAAAUGCUACUGCUAAAGAA